AUGUCGGAUAACGGAGACAGUCCUUCACCGCGGUCCACGCGACCUGCUACCUCGCCGUCACCGCCGCCAAGCCUGACCCGGUCGGCUGAGACGAAGCCAUCGUCUUCUUCGCCUUCAUCGUCGUCAUCACCCAAGAAACGGUCUGGGUCUGGCCCGGAGAACAGCAAGGUCACCAAGAGGCGAGCGGCUCGAGCCUGCACACAAUGCCGAGCCCGCAAGGUCCGCUGCGAUGUUGUUGAGAAUUCGCCGUGCGGCAACUGUCGGUGGGACGGUUCAAUCUGUGAGGUCCCGGACAGCCGGAGGCGCAAGAAAAACAUUUCUUACGCAGGCGGGCCGGCAGCAGUUGGGGUCCGUGCCGCCAGUGCCGAGGUAUUGCACACAAACUCAAAGGCGCUCAACGCCGCCGUGCCAAUCACCAUCGCCGCUGCGGCUGCCAAUCCAGGUCUGCUCUAUCCGGGGGGGAAUGGUGCUGAAAUCAUGUACCCAACCCCCGAUGUCUAUGGCACAGUCAGAAACGAACCGUUGGGGUUACCAUCCGGAUUCGGCCCUCUGCCUUCCGGUCUCCCGACAGCUGCCGCCUCCCUGGGGCUCGGCCCAUUCCCCCCGGCCCUCACAGCGCCAUUGGAACAGCCAUUGGAGCGGCCCGACGAGCUGCCUCCGUUCAUCAAGCCGAUACCCAGCAAAAUCGGUCCCGACGAGAGAUGGUAUCUCAGUCACAAGAAGGCGCUCACGCUCCCGCCAUUACCCCUGCAGAAUGUGCUCCUCAAGGCCUAUGUCGAGUAUGUGCAUCCGUACAUGCCGCUCUUGGAGCUGCACGACUUUCUCAACGUAAUCAACCACCGCGAUGGGUCUGCUGGCCAGAUCAGCUUGUUUCUGUACCAGUCCGUCAUGUUUGUGGCGACCGCCUUCAUAGACGAGCAGUACCUGAAAGACGCUGGCUAUGAGAACCGCAGGGCGGCCCGGAAAGCCCUUUUCGCGAGGGCUAGGCUUCUCUACGACUUUGAUUACGAGACGGAUCGCCUCGUUCUUGUCCAAGCCUUGCUGCUCAUGGCGUACUGGUACGAGACACCCGACGACCAAAAGGAUACGUGGCACUGGAUUGGCGUCGCCAUUUCCUUGGCCCACACCAUUGGCCUCCACCGCGACCCGGCAAACACCAUCAUGGCGCCCCGUCGACAGGGUUUGUGGAAAAGGGUGUGGUGGUGCUGCUACAUGCGAGACCGCCUGGUUGCUCUGGGAAUGCGACGGCCGACCCGUAUCAAGCAGGAAGACUUCGACGUGCCCAUGCUGGCCGAGGCCGACUUCGAAAUUGCCGCGCUGCCUGAAGAGAACCAGCUGCUGGAUUGCGCCUUGCUGCGCGACCUCGACAUGCAGAAAAGGCUUGCUCUUAUGUGCAUUGAGAAGGCCAAGCUCUGUGUCCUCAUCGGUAACAUGCUGACGGUGCAGUAUUCGGUCCUCAGCCGCGACGGCAUCCGGCCAGAGAACACUACAAGCAGUACAAUGAUGCUGCUUCCGAACAAAAAGACGAGCAAUCCCGAAGACAUUAAAAGGGUAGACGACGACUUGACAAGUUGGUUCAACAGCCUCCCGGAAGCUUGCCAGUACCAACCCCUAGAUUCAAUCGCCAUUACCGAGCAGAACGCGCCCUUCGCCGUCCACAACCUUGUCCUCCAUAUGGUGUACCACACCACGGUUUCGGCACUUCACAGGCCGCUGUUCUUCGGGGGUACGUCAGUGGAGGCCACGGGUUGCUCAAGGCAGAUGCAAGAAACGGCCCGCAUCCGGGUGCGCGACACGGCAUACCGCGUUACUGUCAUGGCCGCCGAGCUUCGGCAGCAUGGGUUGGUACGAUAUCUGCCCACAACGGGCGUCACGGUGAUUUUGCCUGCCAUGAUUGUCAACCUCAUAGAUGUGAAGAGUGAGUGCCCGGAAACGCGGGCGCGGGCAACCCACGGAUUCAAGGAGUGCUUUCAGGUGAUGAACGACUUGCGGAACACGUAUGCCGCGGCCGAUUUCGCCACCAACUUUCUAGACGCCGCGCUUCGGAAAGGCGUCCUGGUAAAUACCUCACCGCCCCAACCGCAACCGCAAACGCAAGCCCAGAUGCAGCCUCAGCUGCGGGCCUCCAAGGCUCUGCACCGGACGCUGGCGCCCGGGCCCCUGGGCAUGGUGCCGCGAAUACCGUCCAGGCCGUCGACGCCGCCACCGGAGGAUAGCACGGCCUUCCUGGACCCGAGCCAAGUCCAGAUCUACCAGCAGCAGAACCAAGGGUAUAUGCUCCCAACCGGAGAUGGCGACGUCAGCACAUUCGGGAUUCUGCGAGGGCACACACCGCCACAAACAGACCACGAGUCCGAGGCGACCCCCUCUGCAGAAGUGGUCCCUGACGGAACACCAACAACGACAACAGGAGAGCCAAUGGACUACGCCAUGACUGGAGCUGGACAUGGAAACGGGGGGAACCGAGACGGUAGUAACAACUUUGACAUUGACCAGUGGCUCCAAUUCCCCGCCGAGGGCGUCGACGAGACUUUUAUGGGCGAUAUGUUUGACAGCGUCAACCAGAAGGCCGAGGCGGCCAACCCCGACCUCGACAUCUGGAUGGACUCGAUGCACACGCACCCGCAGGUCACCCUAUGA